AUGACCGACCAAACCCGAGCAGUGUUCUCAGCCCUUGACAAUGCCAAGACUCAACUCUAUCAUUUCAAGGCGAUUGUAAUUGCUGGGAUGGGAUUCUUUACUGAUGCUUAUGAUCUAUUUUGCAUAAGUGCUGUCACCAAACUUAUAGGCCGCCUAUACUACUACAACCCAUCCAAAUCAAGUCCUGGUACUCUACCAGACAAUGUCAACAAUGCCAUAACUGGUGUUGCCUUGUGUGGAACUCUUGCAGGGCAGCUUUUCUUUGGCUGGCUAGGUGAUAAACUCGGAAGGAAGAAGGUUUAUGGGAUCACUCUAAUCACCAUGGUGGGAUGCGCCAUUGCUUCAGGCCUUUCCUUUGGCUCUACAGCUCAAAGUGUGAUUACUACCCUCUGCUUCUUCCGGUUUUGGCUUGGAUUUGGCAUAGGAGGAGACUAUCCCCUGUCAGCUGUGAUCAUGUCAGAAUAUGCCAACCAAAGAACCCGAGGUGGUUUUAUUGCAGCAGUAUUUGCCAUGCAAGGAAUGGGGAUUCUGGUUGCAGGGGCUGUGGCCAUGGGUGUUUCCAAGGCCUUCCUGAGUGCUUAUCCAGCUCCCGAGUUUUAUGACGACCAUGUGCUAUCCACUCAGCCGCAAGGAGAUUUUGUUUGGAGGAUUGUACUAAUGUUCGGUGCAAUUCCAGCUGCUCUCACCUACUAUUGGAGGUUGAAAAUGCCAGAAACUGCUAGGUACACCGCCUUGGUUGAAGGCAACCACUUGAAGGCCGCUGCAGAUAUGGCAAAAGUCCUGGAUGGGGGUAUAAUUGUUGAAGAACCAGGGCCUAAGGCUCCUGUUAACUCCAACUCUUCCUAUGGACUCUUCUCCAGUGAGUUCCUGAAAAGACAUGGACUGCACCUCCUUGGGACCAGUAGCACAUGGUUCUUGUUGGAUAUUGCCUUCUACAGUCUCCAGUUGGCACAGAAAGACAUCUACCCUGCAAUAGGGCUUGUGCGGAAGAACUCAGCUAUGAAUGCAAUAGAGGAAGUGUUCCUAAUCUCUAAAGCAAUGUUAUUAGUUGCACUCUUUGCAACUGUGCCCGGAUACUGGUUUACUGUAUUCCUCAUUGAUAAAAUUGGAAGGUUCGUCAUCCAGCUUGGUGGAUUCCUCCUGAUGUCUAUUUUCAUGGCAAUCAUGGGAUUUAAAUACCAAGAAUUCAGGGGUCAUAAGUGUACAUCAGAUCAUCCAAGGCAGGACUAUUGUAAUAGCAAGUCCACACUAUUUGCAGUGUUCUAUGGCUUGACCCUCUUCUUUGCGAACUUUGGACCAAACAGCACAACUUUUAUAGUGCCAGCAGAGCUUUUCCCAGCAAGGUUCCGGUCAACUUGCCACGGGAUAUCAGCAGCAUCUGGUAAAGCGGGAGCAAUAAUCGGUGCAUUUGUAGUGCAGAAAUUUACUCAGAAGGACAAUGGUAUCAAAAGGGCAAUUAUAGCACUUGCUGUGGUGAACUUGCUCGGCUUCUUUUUUACCUUCUUGGUGCCUGAGACAAAGGGCCGAUCACUCGAAGAAAUUUCUGGAGAAGACAAGGAUCUUGCUGGCGGUGGAACCGAAGCAAAUGGACAGAACAAUGGUACCGAUACGGUCUUAAAAGAUGACAUGGUUUGAUUCCCAAGCAAUCAUCUGGUUGAAGUAACAGGUAUAAAAUAAGAAAACUGUGGGAAUUCUAUCAGUUUUAGCAAUUUCUUAAAUUUAUUUUUAGUUUUUGUUGUGAAUAAAGGGGGAAAAAAAUGUAUUAGUAUUUCUAUUCAUGUAGGUAAUUCCAUAAGGCAUUGUGUUUCAGUUCUGAUUCUCUGGUUGAAGAAACUUGAUGUAGAACAGAGUAGAAGAUGGAAGAAGAGAAGUAAGGAGGGGGAAGAACAAGAGAAGAAGCAAAAAGUAGAGAGAGAGAGAGAGAGAGAGAGAGAGUAAUCAGGAGAGGAAAUCAAUAACUCUGUAUUCAGUAAUCAAAAACAUGAAUUUUCUGAAUACAUCAUAUGCCUACUUAUUGGCAGUCCAAUCUUAACUAUAAUAUAAUUAUGAAAUUCCAACCAAAUUAUAAUUAAAGAUUAACCUACUAAAAGAUAACAAUCUAAAAUAUCUAAUCAGAAAAUGACUCUGAAACCUAAACCAAAUAUAACACUAAAACCUGAACAAAAUAUGACAAAAUCUAGAUUCUAAAAUUCAAAUCCAAACAUCAAAAUUAAUAGACCCUGCUUCUCAUCUUCAUAUACUGACAUGUAUAAAGUGUGAAAUCUUUUUCUACCUUCUGCACUGCCAAGAUAUGCUAUGGGUUAAGUAAAAAGCAUGUCCACUACUUAACAGGUCAUCACACGAACUCAAAAAAAAAAAAAAAUCAAAGUAGAAGAACACAUUACCUGGUUUUUCAGAGAACAAUCUCAAGUCUUAGCGAGCUCCAUGAUUAUUUUGCUGUUAACAAUGCUUUGCAUAGUUAAAAUCAUGAUAGAGUGCAAGAAUCAGGAAUAAUGGAGCGAAAGAGGAAGAGAGAGUGCAAGAAUCAGAAACUUAUAUCCAUUAAAAAAGGAAGCCGUCUCUCAAGAUAUUGACAGAGGAUGCAGAAAUCAGAAAACUUCAUGGAGUUCAAGCUUGAAAUGUUCUAGCAUUCAUUGCUUCCACAUGUAGACUGUUAACAGUGGAGUAAUUAAAUUUGACUAGAGAGUGGUAUGAGCCUGCACGCCCAAAAAAUAUAGAGACGUACAGCAGAUGGUCUUUGACUUUAACCGCUGCACUGUAAAAUGACCAGUAGUGGACAGUCUACUGCUUCCUUUUAGAUGGCUAAAAUCACCAGAACGGAAGAAAUUUUCCUACCCCCAAAUCAACAGGUUUGCAUAAGCACUUCAUACUGUAUCAUUGCUAAUUUCAACCUCAGCUCACAAACUUCUGGGGAAAAAUCUUUCUGAAUUUACAUCACACUCCUAGAGUUCAGUAAUGUGCAAAAAGCAAGAAUAGAGGUAUAUAAUACUUUUGAAUAAAAGAGGACCUUAUACCAUCUCCAUGGCCUUGUCAACUUGGAAGCUGUAUCUUUGGAAAAUAACUGGACAAAACUGCAGGCAGCUUUUUAUUAUCAUCUAUUGACUUCCACCUGCCAAAGAAAUGUCAUCCAAUCGAACAGGACAGUCUUAUUUAGAUCAUGUGACAAACUUACCAUUCCACGAUCCUUCGAAUUAGCUAGGUUGUUUAAUCAAGUUUCAGCAGCCAUCUUCCUAUAUAUGUGCUAAUUACAGAGGCUUGUUAUUCUGGAUAUGCCUCCUGAGUCACCUGACUUGGUGUUCCCCAUGGAGGAAACCAUUUAAACAGACAUGCACCAUUUAUGUGGAUAUGUAAUGAAAGCAAUAUGAUGUAAAGUAAUUUAAAAUGGUUUAGCCGUGUCCUCCAGUGCUACCAGCAUGGAGAACUAAUACGAUUUAGGGGAAGAUACCAAUACAUACAGAACAGUAAUCUAAUAUGGUAUAACACUAUAUAUAUAUAUAUAUGCAGAAUUUAGGAAAAAUUAUGAGAAUGAUAUAGCAUAUACACAUGGACACUACGCCAUUACUCAUGAAGUGAAGGUAUACAAUAUUGAGCAAUGCUAUUCGGCCCACCUCAGUGUCACCGUGAGAGCCACCCAAGAGAUAAUUACAAAUUUACCCACACUGCUGCAAUUACAAAUAUACCCUCUAUUCUAAUAUACCCUCAGUUCAUCCUUCUCUCUCACUCUCUCCUACGCUUCCCUUCAUGGUUCCGGCCGGCUGUCUCUCUCUCUCUCCCACCGGUGCGACUGUGUCUCCAUUGGCGCCGAUCUACAAGGAGAUUUUACUGCGGACAAUAAAUUCUAAGGAAAGCCUCAAUGAGUGACACAGUCAGAGACGAAACUUUUUGGAGGAUUUGACACGGUAGCUCUUAAGCUGCACUUUGGAAAGAAGAUUGUGGAACUUGAGGAUGAGAAAAGAGCUGUUCAGCAAGAGAGGGACCGGUUGUUGGCUGAAGUUGAAAGUCUGGCUGCUAAUUCUGAUGGACAAACACAGGAAUUGCAAGAUGUCCAUGCACAGAAAUUAAAAGCACUUGAGGCGCAGAUUCAGGAUCUUAAGAAGAAACAAGAGAACCAAGUCCAGCUUUUAAAGCAAAAACAGAAGAGCGAUGAAGCAGCAAGAAGGUUGCAAGAAGAAAUACAGUUCAUCAAGGCAUAAGAGGUUGGAAUAUGUUUUGUUUCAGUGCAGGUGAACACUGGAGUUUGGCACCAAGGUGCCCCCCUUCCCGGCCGCCCAACCCCCCCCCCCCCCCCCCCGGCGGAACACACACGCACAUAUACAGAGACAUACACACAUAUAUACAAACACAGACACGCACACAUAUAUACAAACCCACACAUAUAUACAAACCCCCCAAGUGUGUGUAUAUAUGUGUCUGUGUGUGUGUACAGAAACAAACAACCGGCGCGAAGAUGAAAGCAAAACAGUGGCUGUGAAGAGCAAAUAAAGGGCAAAGUCGACAUUUCACUGUAGCCAUAUUUAAUGUGGCUGUGAAGAGUAAAAUACUGGGCUGCAAAUAGAAUUUUCCCAAUGUCUUGUGGUUGAAUUUCUUGUUCUUGUUGCUCAAACCAAUUUAAGAUGUACAUUAAGUUGCUUAAAACUAGCACUUCUCUGAA